AGUAGCUGCUAUAGGCAAUCGGCCGAUGGUCCCAGACAUGUCGCCGAAGUGCAUGAAACGAACAAUGGCCGGAAAAUGUGAUGGGAGUUCUGAUUAGUGGAAGCUGCAGGGGUGUUGACCUGUGAGCAGCCGUCAAAGCGCGGAUCUAGGCGCCACGACCACGCCGUCUGUGAUGAAAGCUCCAAGGCUGCAUCUCCCUGAACUCUGCAGACUCUGUCUUUUUCUUUUCUUUUCUUUUCGGGUUUUUCCUUCCCUUGGUUUUGGUUCUAUUCAGCGUGGCGAUCCCGUGUUUGGGUUAUUUUUAUCCCAUGCCCCCCCCGCUUUGCUAAUAUACUUGCCUCGCGACAAUAUCGCCAUCCAGCCCGGCCGACUACUUCCUCCACAGUUUAGACGGUGGAUCCCCGCCAGUGAUGUCUGUCUGGCCACCGACUGUCUUGGGGCGACUUGGACCAUACCGCGGUUGGUUGGACUCUAUCGACGGUUGCAAAGAAUAGAAACCCGUAUCGCUUGCGCUUGUUGGUUGGGGAACCUUCGCGUCUGGCUACCGUUUGCUUUGUUCUUCCCUAAUUUCCAAUCCUUCCCUCAUCGCAUUCCUGCGCGCCGCCUUUCCUCCGCCAUGGCUUCACGCACGGUUGGCUCUUGAUAUCCGGAGCAAACACUAUGAAUAGGUGUGCUUACCCUCCUUGUCACUUUACUUAAUCUUAUUUUGCUUUUUACUUUUCUUACGCUUUGGCCUUCUCUCUCCCUUCCCCCCUCCUCCACCUCCACCUCCACCUCCACCACCUUUUCGUGUCUGGCGAAAGUUGUCGGGGAAAUACUGACCCCCAGAUUUUGUGGACAGCUGGUGGCCAUCAAGCACAUCUGGGGACGAGUCGCUGCACGGUACAUAUCCUACC